AGGUCCUGUUGGAGAUGACAUGUUCCAUUGGCAAGCUACAAUAAUGGGGCCAAAUGACAGUCCCUAUCAGGGUGGAGUUUUUUUCUUGACAAUUCAUUUCCCAACAGAUUACCCCUUCAAACCACCUAAGGUUGCAUUUACAACAAGAAUUUAUCAUCCAAAUAUUAACAGUAAUGGCAGCAUUUGUCUUGAUAUUCUACGAUCACAGUGGUCUCCAGCACUAACUAUUUCAAAAGUACUUUUAUCCAUCUGUUCUCUGUUGUGUGAUCCCAAUCCAGAUGAUCCCUUAGUGCCUGAGAUUGCUCGGAUCUACAAAACAGAUAGAGAAAAGUACAACAGAAUAGCUCGGGAAUGGACUCAGAAGUAUGCGAUGUAAUUAAAGAAAUUAUUGGAUAACCUCUACAAAUAAAGAUAGGGGAACUCUGAAAGAGAAAGUCCUUUUGAUUUCCAUUUGACUGCUUUCUAUGAGCCCACGCCUCAUCUUCCCCUGUGCACAUGUUUACCUGAUACAGCAGUGCUGCGUGUUGUACAUACUUGGAACAACAAACUAGAAUACUGUACUUCUGUACCAACAUUGCCUCCUAGCAGAGAAGUGUGUGUGUGACAAGCCAGUUCUCCAGGCAUAAAUCUAGGUGUGAGACUAAAAGCUUUCCUUAUUGAUUUAAAGUUCAAUAACGGGCAAGGUGUGAGGGGUGGGUGGGUAUGGCGUGUGCUUGGAUGGGGAAGAAAAGCUCCACUGACCUGUAGGAGAUUGUUUUUAAGUGGAAUCCAUUUAAAUUCUAACAGUUACGAAAAGCAAAGUGAAGAACCUGAAGCUGUUUCUGUAUUCAUUUUAUUCCAAAGGACCUAUAUCUUAGGUGAAAGUUCUGAUCAACCAGAUUAAACUCUACCCACAUCUUGUAUUUUAAAGUCUAAGUUUAACUGGUCAACAUUUAAAUGGAUUGGAGCUAUUAGUACAUAAUGUGUGAUGGGCUUUGUUCCCAACUCUUUUACAUUUCCCCACCCCAUCAACCUUUGUCCUUUCAAGCCCCCUUUCUCUCUUCCAUAUUCCUUGGUUUGUAUGUGGUUUCUCAGUUAAUACAUAGCUAAUAGCUCUUAUUUUUCUUAUGUUUUUAACUGCUUAGGUCUAUUUGGAUGUAAGGGUGAAAAUUCAUUUGAUGGAAAUACUUGUGUAUAUUUAAAGACCCAAUUGCUCCUCUGGAGCUGGUACGUUCAAGAAUGAUUAAUCUGUGUAAUAAACUGAUUACUACAGUCAUUACAUAUAA